AUGCUUUAUAAUGAACAAUCUGAUGAUGAAUUUGAAGAAUUUGAUAAUGAAGAAUUUGAUCCCAAUCAAAUUUCAAUUUAUCAAACAACAAGUAUUGCUGAAAGUACUGGUAUAACAGAAGCAUUUGAAAAUUUAUUAGUUAGAUCUGCCUCAAGUAUGAGUACAGGAUCUAAUAUUAAGAGGAAAAAAACAGAAAUUGAAUCUACAUUAAUAAAUAUUGAAAAAUAUUUAUUAUAUUAUGAAAAACAUUUAACUAAUUACUCAUUUCCUGCACUUGAUUAUAGUUUGGUUAAAGAUGCUGAAAAAUAUA